GAAUCCUAAUCAUAAAAAUGCACAUGUCCAAGCAAAGAAUACUUCUUUUCCCCAUUCCAGGGGAAGUUUGGAAUAAGAAAGCUACAGUUUACAAGCAAAGCAAUCUGAGAAUAGACCAUCCUGGAAACAGAAGACAGGAUCUUGAAACAGACAAUAAUCUACAGUUUGGUGAGAGCUCAACAAUGGCCGAUUAUGGAGGAAGGCAACAGGUUGAGGGGUUUGUUUCUUCUUCUUCCUCUUGGGCAGAGGAUUCAAUUUGCCACUAUUUGGUUGUUCGUCUUCCUGGAUUCAACAAGGAACAGUUGAAGCUUCGAAUUGAUGAGCAUGGCGAUCUAUUGGUUAGUGGAGAGCAGGGAGAAAACGAGAACAAGAUUACCCUCUUUGAGCAGGCCUUUCGAGUGCCACAAGAUUCAGACAAGUACAGUAUAUGUGGAGAAUAUGAAGGCGAGAUACUGUAUGUGAUCGUCCCAAAGAAGGCGAAAGAUCAAGAGGGAGAACCUCGACAUGGAACAGCCAACAUUGUAGAGGAAAGGCAACAUGAGCACGCGAAAGAAGAAGAAGAAGAAGAAGAAGAAGAGCAAGAAGAAGAAGAAGAGAGGGAGGGAAUUUGCCCGGAUGAAGGAUUCGAGGACCCUAACAGAGUGAAUCCAAGGCAGCAGGAGGCUGGUUUGAUGGGCAGUGUUGUGGAGAUCAUAAUCAAGAACAGUGGGACUAUAACUGCACUUAUAAUAGCAUUUUCAUUAGGGGUUUUCGUGUCGCGAAAAUUGCAAUCGAAUACCAGAGCCAAGAAGCAUCUUUCACCUGCAUAGCUAUGUAAUUGAUCAGCAAUGUCUACUAAUGUUAAAACUUCAAACUAGUUGGCAUGGUACUCGGUCUAUGCAGCUGCGGUUCUCCAAGAAAAACCCAAAAAAAAGAAAAAGAAAA